AUGAAGCAUUUAAGUGGCAUCCCCCUUUUUGUACUCUUCUUAAACUUAUAUGUUUUACAAAAUAAUGUGGUCAGUAACGAAAAUGUGAAUUUGAAAAAUCCCAACUUGAGGAACGGAUGGGCAGGAAAAAACGUAACCCUCCAGGAUGAGCAAAGCGGUCUAGUCGCAGAAGACGGUGAAGAAGUAAACACAAAAGAAGACCAAAACGAAUUGCUACACAAAUCGGAAGAAACAGAUUUUCAAACGCAAGGACAGGAAGUCAAGGAAAUAGGGGGAUCAGAAAAUGAAAAAAAACAAAAGCAAAUUAAAAAAGCUAACGAAGCAAAAGAAAAAGCUCUAAAGGAACAAAAAGAAGCAGAAGAUGAAGUGAAAAAAAUAGAAGAAGCACUAGAUAAAGUAAAAAAAGCAAAAGCAGAAGCAGAAGAAGAAGCAGAAAUAAAAAAAGUGGUGGAAAAAGCAAAAGGAGUAGCAGAUAAGGCAAAGGAAACAGCAAUGAAUAAAGCAAAAAAAUCAAAAGAUGAAGCAGAAAAAAUAGCAGGGGUAAACACAAAUAGUAUGGCAUAUCUCUACGCAGGUAAUGCUGUAACGGCGGAAAUUGAAGCAAAGGCAGAAAAAGAAAAGGCUAAAAAGGCAGCCGAAAUAGCAAAGCAUGCUGUAGAUGCAUAUGAAUUGAAAAAGGAGGCAGAAAAGGCACAAGAAGAAGCAGAAGCUGCAAAGACGGAAAUUGAAAAAUUAUCAAAGGUAUAUAAAGAAGGCAAUGUGACCGAAGCAGUACAAUCGACAGCCGAAGCAGAAAAAUCUGCAUCGGGAGCAUCCGCAAAGGUAAAAGAGGCAGCACAUAAUGUAGCAAAAAAGCUAAUGGAUGCAGUGCAAAAACUAGAGAAAGUAAGCACGGAAUUACCAAAAGACAACGAACAAGCGGCCACCAUAGAUAAUGUGAAUGAAGUUGUAACUGAAGCAGUAAAAGAAAAAGAAAAAGCAAUGAUUUCAGCAGAAGUAGCAAAAGCAGAAGCAGCAAAUGCGGAAGCACAACUUGCUAAAAUAGAGGCAGAAAGAGCAAAAUAUGAAGCAAAUAAAAUAGCAGAGGAAUACACUGACAAUGUGAAAGGAGAAGCAAAAAAGGCAGAAGAAAAGGCAAAUGAAGCAUCAUCUAAAGCAACAGAAGCAUCAAAUAAUGCAAAAGGAGCAUCAGGUGAGGAAAAACAAACUAAUCCCCAAGCAGCAAAUGUAAAAGCAAAAGCAGGCGAAGCAAUAAAGGCUGCUAAAGAAGCUAAGAAAGCCAAAACAGAGGCAUACAUAGCUUUAUGCGUAACAAAAACGCUGGUAGCAAAAGAAAAUGCAAAAAAAGCAGAACAAGAAGCAAAAAACGCAAAGGAUAAAGCGACAAAGGCAGCAAAAGAAGCAGAAGAAGCGAAGAAGCAAGCAGAAAAGGCAGAAAAAAUAACUGAAACAGUUAAAAACGAAGCGAAAACAGCAACGGAUGAAGAAGCAAAAGCAUCAACGGGAAAAAAAGACGCAGAAAUAAACGCAGGAUAUGUAGAUGAGGAAGUGUAUGCUGUAAAUAUAGAAUUCGAAAUUGCAAAAGAAGCAGCAAAAACAGCAGCGCAACAUAAGGCUCUUGAAAUAUUAGAUAAGGCAGAAAAAAACGCAGAAAUUGCUGCAGAAAAUGCAACAGCAAAAGCCCAAGAAGCAACAAAAAAAGCAGAAACAGCAAAGACAAAGGCUACAGAAGCAGAAACUGCAGCUAAAAAGGCACAAGACGCAUCAGAAAAAGCUAAAGCUAUAGCAGCAGACGUAUUAGCACAAAAGGCAUCAACAGAAGCACAAUCGUUAAAACAAGAAGCUGAAAAAUUAGCAGAAAACAUAAAAAAGUCAAACGUAACAGACGAAGAAAAGGCGAAAGCUGACGAGGCAGCCAAGGCAGCCAAGGACGCAGCAGAUCAGGCAAGCGCAUCGGCAAAAAAGGCAAAUGAUGCCAAAAUUGCCGCAACAAAUGCACAAGUGGUAGUAACAUUACAAACGAAAAAAGCAGAAUCUGCUAAAGCAGAAGACGCAGCAAAAGAAGCUAUGAAAGCAAGGGACAAAGCAGCCUUUGAAUUAUUGAAGAUAAAAAAACAGGAUGUUCUAGAACAAGUGGAUGUAUCCCCCAGUGGAAGUGAUAAUCUAAACGAUGUGGAUGAACAGGUAGCUCUGGAAGUCGGAGAACAGCAGAACGAAACGGAAGAUGCGGAACCCCAGGAAGCUGAAGAAGGAGACGAAGAAGAUGAAGAAGAUACGGAGGAAGAGGAGAUACAAGACGAGAGUGACCAUACGGAAGAAUCAUCUGCAAAACAGGCAGCUCAGCAAGAGAAGCAACAAGGCGAAAAAGUGUUAAAUGACGAGGAGGCCCAUAAUUUACUUGCACAGCAACAUAACAAGGAUAAUAAUGCCGCUACGGAAGAUGCAAAACUUUUCCAAACAAUCAUUAAAGAUUUCGACGAUGAUGAUGAUUUUAAAAAUCUACAAAAAGAUGUGAAUGCACUUUUUAAAAUUAAAUAA